AGCGCGUGAUUCGGCUAACUUUUGGACAAAAUUUAACCGGACUCGAAGAGUUUGGUUAGCUGAUUUAACCAAAACAAAGAUGGCCGACCUUGACAUAGUGAACGCUAGGCGACCUCAACAAUUUCGCAGGAUAGAUAGACAAACGGACGAAGACAACGACGAGGAAGUACGUAAACGGUAUAGAUUCACUCCGCACAACAUAGACAGAUUGGAACGACUGAUAGGCCACAGACUUGAGCGACCGACUCGCAGAAAUCAACCCUUGACACCACGGCAACAGAUUAUGAUUGCUUUACGUUUUUACGCCACUGGGAAUUUUUUACAAGUAAUAGGGGAUACAUUUGGGGUAGAUGUUGCCACGGUUUCAAGGGUUGUAACUGCAGUGACCGACUGUAUUUUUGACAUGAAGGACAGCGCGAUUCAAUUUCCGACGACAGACAGACAUAGACACAGGACUAAGACUGGAUUUCAUGCCAUAAGGGGAUUCCCGUCUGUGAUAUCAGCGGUAGACGGAACGCACGUAAGAAUACAAACGCCCAGUGAUGACGAGGAGCAGUGUGUCAAUAGAAAACAUUUUCACAGCAUUAACGUGCAAGCCAGCUGCGACCAUAGAGGUGUAUUUACAAGCAUAAAUGCCAUCUGGCCGGGCAGUACGCACGAUGCCCAUGUAUUUAGGACCUCGGAAUUGUUCCACUUCAUGGAAACACAUCAUCAUGGCCUUGAAGAUGGCAUACUGCUAGGGGACAGUGCCUACCCUUGCAAGCCUUACAUGCUCACCCCAUACCUGCACCCAGCAAAUGAAGCACAGCAACAUUUCAAUGAUGCGCAUUGCUCCACAAGAAAUGUUAUAGAAAGAGCCUUUGGUGUAUUGAAGAGGCGAUUUCAUAUACUACAUACAGAGAUCCGGAUGAAGCCACUGAAAGUAAGUAAGAUUGUGGUAUGUUGUGUUGUAUUACACAACCUUGCAAAGCUGUGGGGAGAACCCGAAGAAUUUCCGCCCGAGGAUGACCAGCAGCCCCCUACUGUUCUGAACCAUGACGAUGACAUGUCCGGAAAGGCAGUUCGGGAGUACAUUACAAUGCAAUACUUCAGUUGACAAGGAACAUUUGACAAGGAUGGAGACCACUUUCAUGAUCAUCAAUUUCCACCAGGUGGUUUAAACUGAUAUAAACAAGUGUCUUUUAUCAAUGGCCCUGUGUAUGUGUACAUUUUAACAACAGUGGUGACCACAUUUGAUGAAAUUUAAUGCUUGUGUCUGAAUUGAGUUUCUCUAGUUCAUGGCAUUUCAUAACACUUUUAUUAAACGAUACUGUGAUGCUUAUAAACAUUAUUGAAUGGUUGAAAUUGUAAUUACAAUGUAUGUGAUUUAUUUUUGAAUUUAGAGUUAUAUGGCAUGGUAGAAUUGACUGCAUCAUACAAGUUGAUUUAUUUCCAUAAAAAAAGACAAAAAUGUACAUUUUUAGUGAAUAAGAAACUUAUUAUUACAUUGAUCAUUUCUGAAUGUGAUUAUCACAAAAACCAAAAUUUUAUUCCAAAAGGAUCAUGUCUGACAAGAUAUCUAGCAUUUACUGUUACUUUUUAAAUAUAAUGUGAUAGUUAAAAACAUUGUUACUGUUUGUUUUCAUUGUUAAUGUGAGUCUGUGAUAGUUAAAAACAUUGUUAUUGUCUGUUUUCAUUGUUACUGUGAGUCUGUGAUAGUUAAAAACAGUGUUACUGUCUUUUUGCAUUGUUAAUGUGAGUCUGUGAUAGUUAAAAACAUUUGUUAUGGUCCAUUUUUAAUUGUAACUGUGAGUCUGUGAUAGUUAAGAACAUUUUUAUGGUCCAUUUUCAUUACUACUGUGAGUCUGUGAUAGUUAAUACAUUGUUACUGUCUGUUGUCAUUGUUAACUAUGUAUCAACAUGUUUCUAUUUUGUGAGUUGUACUGACAAAGAAAACCAUGAAUAAUAUCACAGAAACAUCCACAUUUUGUUCAUUCUCUACAUUGUUGGUAGAAAAAACAUUUUGCUGUAUUACUGUGCAUUGAGAUGCAGAUGAAGUUAUAUUGACAAAUAUGAAAUUUUAAAAAUAUGCACAAAACAGCAACAACCGGAGAUGUUUGUCAAACAUUAUGCCCCCAUGAGCAGCAUGUUGUCAGGAUUGUAUUGAUAAUUAAAUGAAAUAUGUAUUAUCCGAAAUGACAAUUUAUUUGUCACUGACAUUGUAUGCCGCUGAGACAGUAUCAAGACAAUGACCAUUCAAAGUAUGAGUAUAGAGCGUGUUGUGGCCAUGGCCUUUGACUCUAUGACCUCAAAAUCCAUAUGAGUCAUCAUGCAGCUGGUCGCCAAAUACCUGAAUGUCAAGUUUGAUGGCCAUGGCUGCAGGCACUCUAAAGUUAUCACACAGACAAGCUUUUUUCAUUCAAGGUCACUGUGACAUUGAACUUUGAUCUGAUGAAUCCGAAAAUUAAGGGGGCAUCUACUGGCCAGACCCAGCCUACAUGUCAAGUUUGAUGAUCAUAGGUCCAGGCAUUGUUGAAAUAUCACUGGGAGAAGCUUUACUACUUUUUUGCAUUAAAGGUCAACGUGACCUUUAACUCUGGCUCAAUGAUCCCAAACUCAAAAGGGGGUCACCGUCAUCUACUAAUUAGGGCCAACCUUCAUGUAAAGUUUGAUGAUCAUAGGUCAAUGAAUUUUUAAGUUUGCCUUAAAGGUCACUGUUGUUGACCUUUAACCUGAUGACCCCUUAAAUCAAUAUGGGUCAUUUACUGUUCCGGCCCAAAUUCCAU